AUUACACAGCGAGCAGCAGUGGAGUGUUGAGUGGAGUCAUGAUUCAGUGCUGUCGAAAGGAAUGAAUAAACGGGGCGAAACAUUCACAGAGCAAUUGAAUAAAUCCUAAGGACGUUUUCACCCUCUUGGGUAGCGGAGUUUGAUUUAAGUUCGCCCGUACUUAAACGCGAGGAUACCACAAUUCACGUCUCAGAGAAGAAGUGUGAAGCAGAUUUCUGAAAAGCAGCACGCUUGCCAUCAGCUGGAAGGAGAGACAUAUACAGGGGCAGGGAAAAGCUUCAGCAAGAGGCACAAGUAUGGAGGGGGACUGUCUAAGCUGCAUCAAGUACCUCAUGUUCAUCUUCAACUUCUUCAUUUUUCUUGGAGGUGCAUUCCUUCUAGGGGUGGGAAUCUGGGUGCUGGUGGAUCCGACAGGUUUCCGGGAGAUUGUGGCAGCAAACCCUCUUCUGUUUACUGGAGUCUAUGCAAUUUUGAUCUUGGGCGGGAUGCUGUUCCUACUGGGAUUUCUUGGCUGCUGCGGAGCCAUACGAGAAAAUAAAUGUCUCCUACUGUUUUUCUUCAUGCUCAUACUCGUCAUAUUCCUGGCAGAGCUGUCGGUGGCCAUUCUGGCGUUCAUAUUCCGGGAGCAUCUCACCAGAGAUUACUUCACCAAGGAGCUGAAAACACAUUACCAAGGCACCAAUAGCACUGAUGUUUUCACCUCCACAUGGAACGCCAUUAUGACCACAUUUGAUUGCUGUGGGGUGAACAGUGCUGAAGACUUUGAGGAUCAGAGCCUCUUCAGGAGGCUGAACCCCAGCAGAAUAGUGCCAGAGGUCUGUUGUCAGAGGAACGAUCUGAUGAUGAGCAAAGAGGACUGUCUCAAGGGAGUUAUGCCAAUCCGGAACAAGGGCUGUUAUUCAGCAGUGGUGGACUAUUUUGAGACAUACAUCUAUAUGGCUGGAGCCCUUGCUAUUGUGGUGCUGACUAUUGAACUCUUUGCCAUGGUGUUUGCUAUGUGUUUGUUUAGAGGAAUCCAGUAAUUUUCACCCUCAGUAAGGACAUUUUGAAGAGGAAGAACAUGGCAUGACAUGGACAACGAUUUUUAAAUAAGAAAAAGAAGAAAACACUUAUAUAUUUGCCAUCUCUGUGUUGUUAUGUAAUUAUGUUGGAAUAUUUGAGAAUUGCCAAAAAUGUAUCGUACUUCACAGCUGGGACUUUGAGGUACUUGUUUGUGAAAACGUAAAAAAGUAAAAGUAAUUCGUACAUUAAAGGUGGUAUGGAGGGAUGCACUGAUAUUUGGUGGAAUAUUUAUAGAUGACAAAAUACUGAUUCCUACUAAGAUGUUUUACCUCUUAUCUACAGUAGAUUGUUCAUCACUGAUCCAGAGCCAUGCUUAAAAAAACCUACACCGUGUGAAUGGAAGUGUGUCUGAGAAACAGAAAAGUUUGGUUUGUGUGUGUGCUUGUGUUUCUGUAAAAAAUCUGAGAGGCCAGCAGCUUCUAUAAAAUAAUGUUUUGUGAGUUCCAGUCGUGAAUAUUUUAUGUAAUUUUAGUAAAACUGUGGUGUAUUUGUGUUGUAUCCAUUGUACACGACAUUGAAUGAUAUUAAAAAAGAAAAAAAGAA